GCUCUAUUUAUCUUACGAUCGCCAUGUUCGCUACAACAAACCUCAGUGGAUAUUCAUAUCGAGAAAAACACAGAUUUGUCACUCGGCGCGUAAAAAACGAAAGAGAAGUAUCUUUUUCGCGAAAUCCAUGGGUGACCGAUGACGAAAUGUGAUGGAUUAUCGCUCCGACGAGCUGGUUAUUCAUCGCCACGCGGAUGAACCGAUAUCGUAAGGCUGGUUAGCAUCUCGAAGACGUCACGAAAAAGGGACCGAGACAGAAUGGCACCACGCAGAGAGACGAGAUCUAACCUCAAUGCUGCCAGGUCCUCGAGGAGGAGCAACAAGAGCUGGCUGGAUAAUUAUGUGGAAUGGCGACAAUUUGCCUUCCUCACCGAUCCAAAAAAACUGUCAUUCACAGCAAAACUGUUUAUCGUCUUGGAGAUCGUCUUGAAUGCAGUAGUUAUACAAACAGUACCGUACACUGAAAUCGAUUGGAAGGCCUACAUGCAAGAAGUCCAGGGAUUCUUAAACGGCACGUUGGACUACUCAAAACUACGAGGUGACACUGGGCCACUGGUUUACCCUGCCGGCUUUGUCUACAUCUUUUCUGCUCUCUACUACAUAACUUCUCAUGGCGCUAACAUAAGAAUAGCACAGUACAUUUUUGCGGCGCUGUACGCGAUUACGCUGAUGCUAGUUUUUCGAAUUUAUGCACGGACCAAGAAAGUGCCACCUUACGUCCUUAUCUUGAUGUGUUGCACUUCCUAUAGAAUACACUCGAUAUUCAUUUUGAGACUCUUCAAUGAUCCAGUGGCGAUGGUACUGCUAUACGCAUCUAUCAACGCAUUCUUGGACAGUCGCUGGUACUUGGGUAGUGCGUUAUAUAGCCUUGCUGUGUCCAUUAAGAUGAAUGUACUGCUGUUUGCUCCAGCGCUUCUUGUUGCUUAUCUAUACGCCCUAGGAAUGUUCAAAACACUAAUACAUUUGUCUAUCUGCGCAUUAAUACAGUUGAUUCUUGGUCUUCCAUUCUUGCUAGAGAAUCCAAUCACUUAUAUAAAGGGCGCUUUUAAUUUGGGUAGAGUCUUCGAGUUUAAAUGGACUGUAAAUUGGAGGUUCUUACCAAAAGAAGUAUUCGUACAUUCGUAUUUCCACAUUUUUCUGUUACUUCUACAUGUGAUAACGCUGUUGUGUUGUGUGCCGAUUUGGAUCAGGUAUAUUAAAUCGUAUGCGAAGUUAAAACACAUGGGAAAGGAGCUGAAGUCUCAACUUCGUAAGAAAGAAAAGGUAGAUAUGUCUACUGUAAGUCAGUUGUUCGUCUAUCCUCUUUUCGUUGCAAAUUUUAUCGGUGUUAUGUUUAGCAGAUCAUUGCACUAUCAAUUCUACAUAUGGUACUAUCAUACGUUACCGUACAUCACGUGGUGCACCAAUUACAAUACUAUCGUUAAAUUGACCAUUUUAGGCAUGAUAGAAUUUAGCUGGAAUACGUAUCCGAGCACGGUGUUCAGUAGCGCGGCGUUGCAUUUAUGCCACAUAAUUUUGUUAUACGGCAUCCUAAAAAAUAGAUCGAAUAACGCGAAAGAGAAAUGA